CUUUCACACAAGGAAAUAAGUCUCGCACACGAACACGCUCGUGAAUUCCUCUUUAUAGAAGUAAAACAACUAGAUUUCGGCAAAAAUGUUGAGAGCCGUGAUUAUGGUGUGCUUUGCCGCUAUGGCGGCCGCCCAGCAGCAGUUUGUGUGGGAUUUAUUGAAGCCGGCGCAGUAUGCGGCGCAAGUACAGGCGCUACUGGCCAACCGCGACGGCAACCAGUAUCCUACCUACAGCGCCAUUCCGCAGACCGGAUUCAACUGUGCCAGUAAGAAACAGCCGGGAUUCUAUGCCGACACGGAAGCCCAGUGUCAGGUCUUUCACCGCUGCGACGUCAACGGCAACCAGACCAGUUAUCUGUGCGUUAACAGCACCGUCUUCAAUCAAGUGACUCUCGUCUGCGAUUAUUUCUUCAAUGUCGACUGCCAAAAGUUUGCUUCGUACGAGAAUUUCGCUAACGCCCGGUUGUACACCGAUCAGCCUCUCUUCGACACUCCGCCCAAUGACUACGUACCACCUGGAGUGGGAGCCCCUCAAAUUUUAGCUGCUCAGCCGGCUGCGCCCCGCACCGCUCCUAAAAAGGCCGCGGCGAGCGGAAAAAAGGGAAUGACUGGGAAGAUGACCUGAUCUCUAGUAAGACAUCCGAGCCAAAAAGAAGCAGUUGCAAUUGGCUUUAUAAGCCAUAAAGAGCAGUUGCAAUUGGACCGGGAAGGACAUAUUCAGGAUUAAUAAAACAACCAGUGCAGCGUUAUUUAUUGCUAUUUUGAUUGAUAGUGCAUGUAAAAGUACCGGUAAUUACACUGCAUUUCAAAAUGAUGUUUGCGCAGGAAAAAUCUGUUUUUUUUUCGUCAUCCGCGUCGUCAGCAAAAAGUAUAGUUUCAUCUGCUGUGGUAAAGAUAGGUGUGGGCCGUGUGGCCAAACAAAAACUGAAAGAGCACUUA